AUGCUGUAUCAGGUGUCUCUCAAAGCUUUCAUCUCUGUGCUGCCAUGUCUGCUCUUCCUCUAUGUGAACAUUGUCAUGCUGUUUGCCCUGCUGAGGAAGCCUCUCCUCCUGGAGUCCUCUCGUUACAUCCUGUUUGGUCAUUUACUCAUUACUGACUCCCUGCAGCUUUUUAUCAUCAUGUUGAUGUACAUCUUUGCUGUGACCAGGAUCAGAAUGGUCAGCCAUGCUUGUGUUUUUCUCACCCUGCUUACAGCCAUCACUGUUAAAAUGUCACCUGUGAACCUAGCUGUGAUGUCUCUGGAAAGGUAUGUUGCUGUUUGUUUUCCUCUGAGGCAUGCUGAAAUUGCCACAUCCAAAAGGACAGGCAGGGUCAUCGUUGUUAUGUGGACUGUUGGCUCUUUUGACUCCUUCAUUCAGUUUUUGUUGUUUGUCAGUCUGGAGAAAACAAGCUUCUCCUUGAAGUCUUUCUGCUUCAGAGACCAUGUUUUCAGGCUGCAGAUUUACACCACUUUAAACUAUGCUUUUCUUAUUUUGUAUUUUGUUUCGGUGAGCCUGAUUAUCAUGUUUACAUACAUAGCUGUCAUAAAAACUGCAAAGUUGGCACAGACUGAUUCCCAUAACACGAAAGCCCAUAAAACACUGCUGUUGCAUCUGAUUCAGCUCUUUCUGUGUCUCAUCUCUAAUUUGUUUGAUAUGAUCAACUCAAAUGCCACAAAGGGCUUACCUCGUGCCAUAGCUUUGCAUAUUCAGUAUACAUUUUUUGUUUCUCUGAUCGUUUUCCCCAAGUGUCUGAGCCCGCUUAUAUACGGCCUCAGGGAUCCGAUCUUGAGAAUCAGCAUUAAACACUAUUUAACAUUUGGCUGCAAAACCUGUAAAAGGUCGAAUCUGAAAGGAAGAGUUCAAAUGCACAGGUGAUUUUAAGUUGCAGUUUUUGUCUUGCACAGCCACAUUGAAAUUCAAUCUUUUGUUUGUGUUUUUAUUUUGUACUUUCAUUUCAAGGGGCAUGAAAAUAGUUAUCAAACUCAGCUGAAAUUUACAUCUAUACAAGAACAUUAUAUAACAGUGUGCACUGAUUUGCAAAAACAUAAAACCAUAAAGAGCAUUUAUGUGUCAUAGAGCUGUAAAGUUAAAUAAACACUGUCAGGAAUCCUGUUAAAACAUACAAACAUACACAGCAUGGAAGUUUUCUUGUGACCAUGAAUGUUCUAACUAUGUUUAAAAAAGUUCUGCUUUCAUUUUCUGCCUGUUUUGGAAACAAUUUUUUAUGUAACUCCACCUCAGAUAUUUUAUUAGAAUUGUUUCACCUUGACAUGAUGUAUCACUGCAUAUAUAAGCAUGUUUCCAACCACCUUAUGUUUAAGUAAAGACUAAAUAAUAUAGUCAAUAGCACAUCAAUAUUGUUUUAAGUACUGAACAGCAGGCUGACUUUUUAAGCAGGUGUAUCUGUUAUGUCUGUAUUUUUUUUUCUUUUAUACAAGUUGCCUUUUUUAUUUAAUACAAAGUCACAGUCUAUGUACAUGACCUUUACAUAAAGUCAAAUAUCAAAGAUUUCCAUGGAUUUGAUUUAUUAUAGGUUUGCCUGGGACCAUGCAGUUGUAUCACUGGACAGAUGUGAGAAUGCCAUAGCCACAGUGUGGUAAAUGUGAGCGUUAAGCUGUAUUCUAUCAUCUCAAGAUACUGCUUGACAAUUUUUUUAACAAUUCUAAAAGGAAAAUAUUGUGUUGUUGCCAGCAGUCACUUUACAAGCAGAUCACAGUAAAUUAUGUUUAUAAUCAAUACUCCUUUGUUGUCUUAUGAAAGAAAGACUCAUUGUGGCACAGGAUAACCAAAACUGAUCUAAACAAUAAGGCAGCAAUAACAUUGAUUUAAAAAUGCAUAUUCAGCAUUUCCAGCAAUUAGUUUGUUCAGACUUUUUCUAUGAUCAUUUCUGCAAAAUAAAAAUAUAAAACGGAUACAAAUACACAUUUUGUUGAGCAAAUACAACAGUGGCUCAGCUGUGGACACCAAGUAUCACUAAACAUGACAGGAAAAGUCAACCUUUUUGAAUUUGUUAUCCCUCAGCUGCUUCUCUGAUCCUAGUUUAAAAUACCUCUGAGGUUUUAUAAUGGUUGGCUUCAGAGAUAUAUGGUUGUAAUCGAUAAAAAGGUGGCAUUGAGAGGUCUUGUCAUCAGCAUGCCACUAAGUCUUGAACCCUCAUUUGGGAAGUUCAUACUUUUAGCCAGCAGAUGUCACUUUGGGUUAACAAAUAAUCAAACAUUGCAGCUCAUACAUUGAUGUGCUUGGCUGAGAAGUUUAUAUAUAUGGCACCUGAGGAAACUCAUAUGUAGUUUUAGAGACAGGAGGAAAUAGGGAUGUUACAUGUCUUGUGAAUUUACCACGAUGAGACUUCUUCCCCUCCUCUUUCUCACAGUCCAGAUGGACACUUGUGUGGGGAAAUAUGUUGGAGACAGAAAGCAGGGAGAGACCAAUUUAUGUGUGUAAACAGGGAGGGAGGUGCUGACCUGCUGGAUAAAAGAAGCGCCUGA